AGGCGCCCCUGAGGCUGGGGACGCGCCCACGCGCGGGCCGGGAGGGACGUGGCUCGUGCUGGGAGCCCGUGGCCUCGGUUCAAACGACCCCACCCCGGCGGGUCGGCGUGUUGGCCGAGAGCCGCAGGGAGGCAGAGAAGGUAGGAGCCCGGGCCUCCCUCAGCUGGCCUCCUUCCCGCUCCGAGCCACCCAGCUCCAUGGUCCCCGCCGCCGGCGCGCUGCUCUGGGCCCUGCUGCUGAGUCUGGAGCCUCUGGCGGCGGGGGCCCAAAGCCAGACCCAGUCGUCCACCACGACGCAGCGGGCCACCUUCCGCUUUGGAGGCCCCGGCCCUGCCCGCAGCCACCGGAGCACCGUCGGCCCGCCCCGCACCGAUCUCCCCAGGAAGCCUAGGAUAACCUUGGAGGAUGAGAAUGACGCAGUGGCCACUGCUGACCGCCUGGCAGGCCCUGCGGCUACCGAGCUUCUGGCGACGGUGACAGGCAUCGCCCGGGGCUCUGAAUCCAGCUUCGGUGAAGAUGAGACUUUGGAAGAGGGAGUUGUGAUUAAUGCCAGAAAAAAUAACAGUAGGAUGGCGCUUCCUCCCACUUCGACCUCUGGUCCCAGCUCCAGCACGGGGAGGUUCGCGGCCAAUACACAAGAGCGGGAAAUCAGGCUAACCACAAACUUGCCACGGACCACCAUGAAACCCAAGGACAUUCUGUCCUCUGAGGUCACCCUGAACCGUUGGUCGACCCCAGGCUCCACCCCAAGCCGAUGGCCGGCACCCUCGCACACGGCCAUGCCACCUCCCGAGGAUCUGCAGCUGGUGCUGAUGCCAUGGGGCCCGUGGCACUGUCACUGCAAGUCAGGCACCAUGAGCCGGACGCGAUCCGGGAAGCUACAGGGCCUCUCUGGACGCCUUCGAGUGGGAGCCCUGAGCCAACUCCACACGGAGCACCGACCUUGUACUUACCAGCAGUGUCCCUGCAACCGGCUGCGGGAGGAGUGCCCCCUGGAUGCGGAUCUCUGUGCAGACAACAACUGCUCUCCGACCACCACCACCCAGACCACCACCCCGGCCCCCAUCCGCCCCAGCCACAGAACGCUCAGCCCACCCCCCAGUCCCAGCCCGGCUUUGGCUUUUUGGAAACGAGUCAGGAUUGGCCUGGAGGAUAUUUGGAACAGCCUGUCUACAGUGUUCACAGAGAUGCAACCAGAAAAGAAGCAGACGUGAUGACCGCUCUAUCCACAAAAGGAGGCAGGACCUCGGCCGCCCCUUCCCUUUCAACCCCCAGCACCCACUAUAUAUUUUUAGUACAAAACUGGAACCGAUAAUUAUUAUUUGGGCUUGUUUCUUUUUUACAGAGGUAUCUGAGGGAGGCAAGUCCCUAAGUCUUUUCAAUCAUAAACUGAACUUUGUCCUUUA